GCCGGCGAUCAUGGCGGCGGGCCCCGCGUCCUCCCUGGGCGGCGCCGCGUGGCCCGGCUCCGAGGCCGGGGACUUCUUGGCCCGCUACCGGCAGGUGUCCAACAAGCUCAAGAAGCGCUUCCUGCGGAAGCCGAACGUGGCCGAAGCCGGGGAGCAGUUCGCCCAGCUGGCCCGCGAGCUGCGCGCCCAGGAGUGCCUGCCCUACGCCGCCUGGUGCCAGCUGGCUGUGGCGCGCUGCCAGCAGGCACUCUUCCACGGGCCCGGGGAGACGCUGGCCCUCACCGAGGCCGCCCGACUGUUCCUGCGGCAGGAGUGCGACGCGCGCCAGCGCCUGGGCUGCCCGGCCGCCUACGGCGAGCCUCUGCAGGCGGCCGCCAGCGCCCUGGGCGCGGCUGUGCGGCUUCACCUCGAGCUGGGCCAGCCGGCCGCCGCCGCCGCUCUGUGCCUGGAGCUGGCCGCCGCGCUGCGCGCCCUGGGCCAGCCGGCCGCCGCCGCGGGUCACUUUCAGCGCGCCGCUCAGCUGCACCUGCCCCUGAUGCCACUGGCUGCGCUGCAGGCGCUCGGCGACGCGGCCUCCUGCCAGCUGCUGGCGCGCGACUACACGGGCGCCCUGGCGCUCUUCACACGCAUGCAGCGCCUGGCACGGGAGCAUGGAGGCCACCCGGUGCAGCACCCCGAGCUGCCACUGCCCUCGCCGCCUGCCCCUGGCCUCCAACCAGCCCCGCCAGGACCCCAGCCAAGUCGACCUGGCUCAGCCCCGACCCCGACCCCGCCCCCGCCCCCGCCCCUCCCGCUGCUCCCGGACCACACCCCAGGCUCUGCUGCCCCUUCUCCUGGCACACUCGGUGCCUUCGCAGACGUCCUUGUCAGGUGCGAGGUGUCCCGCGUGCUGCUGCUGCUGCUCCUGCAACCGCCGCCCGCAAAGCUGCUACCCGAGCAUGCCCAGACCCUGGAAAAGUACUCCUGGGAGGCUUUCGACGGCCACGGCCAGGGCCAGGAUAGCAGCGGCCAGCUUCCUGAGGAACUGUUUUUGCUCUUGCAGUCGUUGGUCAUGGCUGCCCACGAAAAGGACACGGAAGGCAUCAAGAAGCUGCAGGUGGAGAUGUGGCCGCUGCUGACUGCUGAGCAGAACCACCUCCUUCACCUCGUUCUGCAGGAAACCCUCUCUCCCUCGGGCCAGGGGGUCUGAUAAGUCACCUGAACCAACCAAACAGUCUUUCCUCCUGGUGCCACUUUGUUUUAUCUUUGGGGACAGGUGAUGGAAGAUGCGACCUCGUUUAGGGUUUUGGUUUCCUUUUCU